UGUAGUCUCUUGUUUGAAUUGUUCUCUGCUUGUUUAUCUCAAGACCUAUGUUCAUCCAGUCUUGAUUGUUGUUGCCUUUGAUGAUAUGUUUAGCGGUGUGGUAUAAAGUUGGAGACUUGGGCUAUUCAUAUAGAAGAUCCCCUUUUGGAAUGUGUGUCUUCUGUUAUUUAAAGGUGUGUUUGAGUGUCCGGGAAUUCACUAGAACACCAGGUUUUCCCCACGGGCUGUUGCUAGUUUGUUGGUUCUAAACAGUAUAUGAAUUAGGCUGUAGGUUUGAUGAUGGUCAUUGUCUACUGUUUGUAGGACUGAUAGUGAGACCACCAUCUCCUACUUCGCAACCAAAUCACCUUACCCAAGGCUCUGAACCCAUCCCUUCCGCGCCAAACCGUCAGAGUACUCCGGAGUAGCCCCUCGUCCACGGUCAACAAUGCCGCGUCAAGACGGUCGCCACGGACCCACCAGUAGUCUCAACCGUCACAGCCACCAGGCGGGUUCUGACAGAUCUACUACAAGUCGCAAUGGCAAUGUUUACGUCUACGGGCAGGAUGACGUGAACAAUGACAACGCAGACUCGACUGCUCCUCCCAAACCCACACCACCACCCAAGCCCGACCCCGUCAAAGUCCUUACAGUCCGUCAUGUGGACCUGAAGGUUCCGGCUAACACAAAAGCUCACAGAACUGACGAGUAUGACAUCUGUGGCUCACACCAGGAGAGACCGAAGCUCGUGGUCAGGAGGGGUCAACCUUUCAACAUUGAGCUGGAUUUCUCCAAGCCUUAUGACAGUAAAACAGAUGAUCUUCGCAUCGUCUUUGAGGCUGGUGACAACCCCACACCUACCAAAGGUACCAAAGUGCAGUUCAUACUUUCUGAUGUGGACAAGCCCAAGGAAUGGGGCGCCAAAAUCCUAGGACAACAGGGCAAUUCGCUGUCGGUUACUAUGUUCACCCCACCAACCUGCUACGUGGGCAAGUGGAAUCUCAGGUUGGACGUGGUCAAGAAAAACAACAACGAUAUGAAAGUCUAUCGCUAUGAACACAAGGACCCUAUCUACAUUCUGUUCAACCCGUGGUGCAGAGGUCAACUCCCAAGACGAUUACGGUGUGCUGGUAGGUAACUGGUCGGAGGACUACUCCGGAGGUCAGCCCCCUCUCAGCUGGACCGGCUCUGUGGCCAUCCUGGAGUCGUACUGGGACAGCAAGCGCCCGGUCGGCUAUGGGCAAUGUUGGGUUUACUCCGGUCUUUGCACUACAAUCGCCCGCGCUCUGGGAUUCCCCGCAAGAAGUGUGACCAACUAUGCCUCAGCGCACGACACGGACGGCUCCAUCACCAUCGACAGAGUCUUUGACGAAACCGGGGAGGUGGAGUACAUGUCGGACAGUGUCUGGAACUUCCACCUGUGGAAUGAAGCCUGGAUGGCGAGACCCGAUCUCCCGGCAGGUUUCGGAGGCUGGCAGGUGUUUGACGCUACACCACAGGAAGCAUCUGAUGGGUCGGACAAUUCAUCAGUACAAAGAUGCCCAACUCUGAUGAUAGAAAUGAUAUCACACUUAGAUACAAGCCCGAAGAAGGGUCUGCCGAGGAGAGGGCGGCCGUCCGCAAGGCCAACCAGCUGGCUUCUACAAAGGAGAACGUGUACAACAUUUCUGCCAAGGAUGUGGAUUUCAAAGUGGUACAAGAUGCGGCCAAUACGUGGGUCGGUGAAGACUUCAAAGUGUCGCUCAAACUCACCAACAAAAGUGACGCAGAGCGCACAGUGAGCGGCCGACUUGUCGUCAAGACAAUGUUCUACACAGGCGUGCUCGCUGACAAAAUCGUCUCUUUCCCCUUCGAGAACAAAGUCCUACAGAAAGGAAAAGAUGACAUUGUACCAGUAAUUGUGAAACCACAAGAUUACUUGGAGAAACUCAAGGACUGCUGUAUGCUCGAUGUAUCUGUGUGGGCCUCGGUGAAAGAGACCAACCAAUGCUUUGUCACAAAACGCGAGUGUAGACUGAAGAAACCACAUCUCAGUGUCAAGGCACCGGAAGAAGCUACCAAGAACAAAGAAUUCAAGGUGGAAGUUUCCUUCACGAACCCUCUGGACACAACUCUUACUGGGUGCGCAGUAACUGUAGAUGGUCUCGCUAAAUCUCUGCGCUUCCCACAAGGGAACGUGGCAGCUAAGGGAGCUUUCGUUGCCACCCUUCCCAUCACACCAACCAAGGUGGGCUAUAAGGAGAUGAUCUUUAUCUUCAGCUCGAAGCAGCUUGAGGAUAUCAACGCAUCCAAGAAAAUCUACGUGCUCACCAGUAACGUCUAAAACUUGGAGACUUCGAAUGAGUUGGAGACAACUUACUAUCUUAGAAUUACAAUUUUCUAUCUCUGACAUCUUUGUUCGUUUUGAGUUACUAAUGCCAUGAGUUUAAAAAAACAAUUAAGUGUUCUAUCUGCUAUAUCAAAAUCGUAAGAUUUUUCGGAGCUGUAAUCAAGAUAGCUCUAUUCAAAGAACUGCGUUCGAAAAGCUUAACCAUAAUAUUGUGGAACUCUAAUAUUUUUACGUCAAAUUUCUCAAAACUAGGUACUGAGCAGACAGAACUUUGUAAUUCUAUGGUAGCGAACUGCCAAAUUCUCCAAGUGAAAGAAAUUAAUUGAUCAUUUCUGAUAAAAAUAUGAAUACCUUUUUUAAUUUUUUAAAUUACAACUGAUAUGUAUAAUUAUAUCAGCAAAUAGAUUGUUAUAGUGACCAAGCUUCUGUCUUUUGUUUCAAGCAAGAUUAGAGUUAACUCCUCUGCUACUGUAAUAUAUAUAUGCCUACAUUGGUGCCUUUCGAAUGUAACACAUUCAGACUAGUAUUGCUUGUUUGAACAUCACUGAUUGACCUAAACAUUUGAAGACUCCGGAAAGGGAAAAGACCAGAUAAGUCACAUUUUGAGAAGGUGGAGAACAUAAGAAUUCAAAGUUUAAAAGUUUAUAAUGGCCGUUAGUUUUCUCACAAAAGUGUAAAACUGUCAUUUUAACAAAAGGUAAAUUGUUGCUCCUUUUUAAAACUGAAUUUUGUGCCGUAAAAUUCUUCCCUUUCACCAGACCAUUAAACGAUACCAAGCCGUGCUAUGAACUGUUGUGAGGGCAACCAAUUAAAAUUUUGUGUUUCGCCAGCUCAUAUAUGACCAAAUUUUAAUGUAGUUGCGGGUGCCGUAAAGCUCUUACUAAACAACGUUUGAUCGCCCAUAUCUCGCAAUUUAGUAGGCAUAUAGCAUUUUGUAAAAAAAAUCAAACACUUACAUAUCACAGGACUAAGCUGCUGGAUUAUCCGUGAGAUCAUUAGCGGAGAAUAAAAUACUCAAUCUGAAAGGAAAAAAAAAGACUGUGAUAUCUCAUUUUUCCACUCGGCUUUUGUUCUACUUCUUAAAACAAAAAAAUCAAAAUAUCUGUCAAAAUAACAAAAAUGAUAAAUAUGAUCACGGUGGGGUUUUGUAACAACGUGAACUCUUCAACGUCUUUUUGCACAUUUUAAAUCAAUACUAUUAUUUUUCCUUUUGAUAUUAUGUGUUUUUUUGUGACGUCAAUAUUCAAAUAUGCUAAUCCACGUAAAAUUAUUUUAGAUUAUAAUGAUGAGGGCACGGAGCUCAAGCACACUUUAACACUCACUACGUUUACCCAUUUCAAGCUGCUGCAGUUACAACAAACGGAUAAAAUUACAGGUAUUAUUUUCCUUUACCAAAAUAGCCGAAAUUCUUUCUAUCAUUAAAUCAAAUCUUAACAUUCUCAUAAAGUUUGGACGGAUGUAAUGUAAUAAAUGAAAUGGCCUGAUCAUAGUUUUAAAUAAUAUAAAAAACAACUAAAUGACUAAACACGCACACACACACACACACACACACACACACACACACACACACACACACGCACACACACACACAAACACACACGCGCGUGCGCACAGGGCGCAUGCACACACGCACGCACACAUGCACACACGCACGCACACAAAUCGUGCCAUUUACGCUCUCAUGGAUAGGACUUGGUCAGGCUAUACUCAGGGGGAAAAAUUUAUACUUUUGGCUUAUUAUUAUUAUUAUUAUCAUCAUUAUUAUGAUUAUGAUUAUUAUGUUAUCUGUCCCCGCGGUUUUAUGCAC